UCGAUCACUAUGAAAGAUCUACUGUAGGUCAUUCGACGACAUGCCUGCCUGAUACCCUAUUGACCCGAACAGCCGCUUCCGGUGAGCCCGUCUGUUUCGAACAGCCUCUGCUCGAAGUGCCUAGGAAUGAGAGUGACGGCGCAAGUUGGCGCUUCACUGUUGGCUCUUCCCGCCACUCUGCGCUCAACGCUACUACUUGCUACCCUCUACCCGCUCAAAGGCAGCAGCACAGAAGUGGGCACAGUACCACUGCUUCCCGCAGUCAUUCUCCCACUGCAGUCUCAGUCGCACGCCUACUCCACCAUGGUAUCAACUGAGGCCAGCGAGGAUGUCCCACCGCCACCACCUUCGGGUCAGAGCGCGAUGCUCGCUCGUCAACGCUUUAAGGAGGAUGCUGACGCAGCGCAUGGGAAGCAAGCACCGCCCAAGAGUGGCUACUUUCCACUUAGCUAUAGAGACGGUCUAUCGCAGUGGUGGGCAAGCUUGACGCCGGCUGUAACAGAACACAGAGUGCUCUCCUUCAUACCAUACCUUAGGCAAGCACCUACGCAUACGCAUACCGGAGUCAAGGUACCUGGAAGUAGAGAAUCGGUGGACCCAUCGCAUGCCAAGGAUGCAACACCCGUCAGGACAGACAGCCAUACCGAUCCCUUUGGACCCAGGCAGUGGAGCAGUGAGAUGGUCAGAUUGGCCGGCAAAGAACGUUUCUUGAAUGAGUUCAGUGUAGAGAGGCUUGGCGAGGAGACGCGGAACAGCUUUGUGAUGCUGCACGGCUACGGCGCCGGUCUCGGCUUCUUCUACAAGAACUUUGAACCGUUGUCGCGCCUACCGCAUUGGAAGCUAUACGCGCUCGAUCUGCUCGGUAUGGGCCGAAGUAGUAGACCGCCAUUUAAGAUACAUGCGAAAGACAAGGAGGCUAAGAUACGCGAAGCAGAGAACUGGUUCAUUGAUGCGCUGGAAGAGUGGCGUAUCAAGCGAGGCAUUGACAAGAUGACCCUGCUUGGCCAUAGUUUAGGCGGCUACAUGGCAGUGUGCUAUGCUUUGAAGUACCCAAAUCACUUAAACAAGCUCAUUCUUGCCAGUCCCGUUGGCAUUCCUGAGGAUCCCUAUGCGGUCAACGAAGAUAUUCCGGAACCUAGCGAAAGCACCAUGGGUAGCGAGUUUACACAGAACCAAGACGAGGCUAUCAAUGGUCGUGGGACUAAUGGUAGCAAUACCACAGCCGGUCAGAACGGUAAGCCGCCGCCGCGAAAGCCGUUGCCGAGAUGGCUCACCACAUUGUGGGAUGCCAACGUCUCGCCUUUCUCUCUUGUCCGUCUGGCUGGUCCACUGGGUCCACGGCUCGUGUCAGGAUGGACAAGCCGUCGCUUCUCUCAGCUUCCCGCCGAAGAGGCACAAGCUCUCCAUGACUACUCAUACUCCCUCUUCCGGCAACGCGGCUCCGGAGAAUAUGCUCUUGCAUAUGUCCUCGCCCCAGGCGCCUUUGCCCGCUCUCCACUUAUCCGACGCAUACAGAGCGUCGGCAGACAGUACGUGGAGACGCACAACACUCCAGAACCGGAUGCGGCGUCCUUGACGGCCUCGAAACAGAGAGAACGUGAGACUGGCGUGCCGAUUGUGAUGUAUUAUGGUGACUCGGAUUGGAUGGACGUCAACGGCGGCUACGACUGUGAGACUAAGUGUAAUGCAGAGAAGCAGAAGGCGCUGGCAAAUGCUACGGAACGGGAGCGGCAGCUCGAAAACGGCAGUAUCAAGGUCUCCAUUAUCCGGAAGGCUGGGCAUCAUGUGUACCUUGAUGGGUAUGAGCAGUUUAACAAGGAGAUCCUGGAGGAGAUGAGAGACGUUGAGCGUCGGCAGCAGAGGCUGGCAGCGGUGCAAUGAGAACAUGGCACCAGCACGUUGGAUGCAUAGCGGAGGAGUUUUUGGAUAUGAUCGAACGCUCCACGAUUGGGACGUCUGGCGUACUGUGAUGCGGCAUUACUGCAUUCCGCACGAUGAAGACACUUAAAACGAUAGAUACGAGCACAAGGGAGCACCCUGCCCAUCCGCUUUAAUCGGAGGCGGACCUGACAAUUGUGUGACUGGGCAACAUCGACCACCCUUCACCUCGGC